AUUUAUCUGUGGUUAUGAUCAUUUGCUUGCUUCACUGAUUCUAGCAAUUUCAAUUUCUAAAAACAAGUGUUAGUUUCCAAUUUUCACGAGUAUCUUCCCGUAGUUGGAAUCUAUUGGAUGGAAUUUAAGUUUAAUAAUAUGCAGAUGGGUCGCAUGGGUUCUCCGUCCGUCGGGAUGGACGAGGACAGCGGCGCGGGACAUGCCCUCAGCGAUUUUCUUUUGCAGCUCGAGAACUACAAUCCUUCUAUUCCUGAUUCAGUCGUUGCUCAUUACCUGAAUAUGGCUGGUUUCGAGUCUCAAGACCCUAGGUUGGUUCGGCUGAUAGCCCUGGCUUCCCAAAAGUUUCUGUCAGACGUGGCCAAUGAUGCACUACAGCAUAGCAAGAUGCGCACCUCCAGCCAGGUGAGCUCCAGCUCCAAGAGCCAGAAGGGCCCGAAGGAGAAGAAGUACAUCAUGACGAUGGAGGACCUGGUGCCAGCGCUGCAGGAGUACGGCAUCGUGGCGCGCAAGCCGCAUUACUACGUCUAGGGUUACGUAUAAUUGUACCAUCGUCCACACUGUUAACUUUCCAGAGGUGGACCUUAUUACAAAAGGCAUAAAGUCCACCGAUGGACAGUUAAGAGUGUUGCUGUGAGUCGUGGAGUCUAGAGUCGGACCAAGCUAUUUCUCCAUGGCAUUUGUGAUGAUGAUGACAAAGUGUGGUAAUGUCAUCAUUAUUGUCAAAUUUCUAUGAAGAUGUGACGUUUAUAAUGACGCUCAGUCAUUUUGGUCUGUUCAAAUCAGUGCAAACUUAGCUUAGACGGACUCUGGUAAUCAGUUGUCUCGUUUAAUUUUCAUGGCAGUUGAGUUAAACGAACGAGUAGAGUCACAGAAUAAAUAAUAGUACUAGGUAGACGGUUUACUCUCUAACAAAACACGUCUAUUACGACAGAUAUGACCGCUAGGUGGCGCUCAAACUCAGGAACAAAUAUUUGUGAUGAACACACAAAUAAAUGCCCUUACCAGGAUUCGAACCCGGGACCUCCUUCGUAGGCAGGGUCACUACCGACUAGGCUAGGAGGCCGUUAAAUAAUAAUAGAUUAAAAGGUUUGUUUGUAAACUUUCUUAAAUCGUUUAACAGUUUAAAUUUUUAAUUUUUUUUGACUGCGAUGAUUCUAAAAUUAGUGGUAAUAACAUUUAUGGAAAUUAAUUGACCAUCCCACUUAAAAUUACUUGUACUUAUUCCUUGAGUACCAUGAAAAUUAAACGAGGUGUUAUUAUAGAUAAUAUAGAUCAUUAAAAAUAAGAAAAUGGGGGUAAUCAUAGUCAAAAACGUUAAACAGUUAAAGCUUAAUGCAGAUGGCGCUCGAGUGCAUUAAUAAGGCUUCUCUACACCAUUGGCCAUGAUGAGCAAUUGCAGGUGAUCUAGUGAUCCAAAGGACUCGAGCCUAGUAGCUCUUUUUUUAGGGCUCGCCUCAUCUCUUGACGCCUAAAAGGCUAUUUAGCUCUUU